AGAUGACUAGAUUCCUGCAUAUAUGUACCAAACCCUUCCACCACGUUCAAUCUCAGUGUACCUGGGCUGUCUUUCUGAAAAAGAAAAAUAAUGGCUUCUAAUCCAGUACUAUUCCUCUUUCUUCUUAGUUUUCUUCUGCUUGUGUCGGUCUCUUCUUCCCAUUUUUCUAGUGUUGCCAUGAAAUCAGGUCCUCUUCAUUCCAAGAAGAACGCUGUGGCCAAUCCCGAGAAAGUUUCUCUGUCUUUGUAUUAUGAAACCCUGUGUCCCUAUUGCAGGAAUUUCAUUGUGGAUCCUCUGGCAAAGGCCAUCAACACUGAUCUCAUGACCAUUCUUGAUCUGGAGAUGGUCCCCUGGGGCAAUGCUAUGAUUCUACCCAAUACCAGUAUUCUAUGCCAGCAUGGGGAAGACGAAUGCUACCUUAAUACCAUCCAUGCCUGUGUCAUCAACAUUUGGCCUGAUCCGAUUAAGCACUUCAACCUGAUUCAGUGCAUUGAAGAGCAAUCUUCUGCCAUUGGUCUUGGAAAUGGAGCAGAUGCAUCCUAUAAUAUAUGUGCUAAACAGUUGGGGUUCCCUGCAAAACCCAUUAAGUAUUGCUAUGAAAGUGGGCGUGGAAGACAGCUUUUACUACAAUACGGAAGUAAAACUGAUAAUCUGAAUCCGCCUCACAGAUACGUACCAUGGGUGGUGGUGAAUGGAACUCCUCUGCUUGAGAACUAUGGCAACUUUGUAGAGUAUGUCUGCAAGUCAUACGGAGGCCAAACUUUGCCCGCAGCGUGUGGUUCAUAUUCCACCAGCUCAAUUCCUAAGGAUCGGUCUCUCCACUCAGUUUGCCCUGCAGGAUUAGCAGGGCCAGCCAAGGAUCCGACCUUGGUUCAGGAGAACAUGGAGUCUUUAGCUUGAAUUUUUUUAAUGGUUCUUGCAUAACAUCUCCUGUAUGAUACAGUUAUUAUCUGGGCCAUCUAUAUGUAGCUUUCUGGUUCACUUGCUCUAUAAAUUAUCAGAGUUAUGUUGUAUUAAUGCUAUAAAAAAAAUAUUAUAGGUCAA